AUGGUUCAGGUGCAUACCCUGCGGGAUUUGGAAUCGGGCAAUGCGGGGAACCCUUCGGCGGCGCCGUUUCCUAGUCUGACGGCGGCGGGGCGCGGGCAACGGCCGCGCUGUAUAGAGUUGCUAUUUCCGGGAUUCAAGCCAAAGACUUUCAUAUUCAUCAUCUCCAUGGUUCAGAUCGCGAUUUACGUAUUGUGUACCGUACAGUACUAUGGCGGAAUGGAUUGGUUACCCUUUGGCAUUUCAAGCAAGGGAUCUAGCUACGGUCCGGCCAUUGUAAGUGGUCAAGUAUGGAGGCUGAUCACGCCCAUUUUCCUUCAUGCCGGCUUCGUGCACAUCCUCUUCAACAUGUUCUUCCAAAUGCGCAUGGGCUUCCCGCUCGAGGAGGAAUACGGAACUCGAAUAUUUGCCGGCAUGUAUCUACUCUGUGGACUCGCAGGCAACUUGUUCAGUGUUGCACUCGCCCCCUGCAAAUACGCCGUCGGAGCCAGCACCGCAGGCUUCGGCCUCAUAGGCAUCCAAAUGGCGCAAAUCGCGCUACACUGGCACCUUCUACAACGAAAAGAAGAAGUCACCUUCAACAUUCUCUUCUUCUUCAUGAUGGCACUCAUGAUGUCCAUCGGUCCUGACUCUGUGGUAGACUGGCGUGGUCACGCCGGUGGCUUCAUCACCGGAUUCUGCUUAGGACUAAUAAUGACUACGACUAACUCGCGCCCAGACUGGUAUGAGCCCUUCACAAGACCCGUGUCGUUGGCGGUCAUCGGUUCAGUUGUUCUGGGGUCUGUUGUCGCCAUUUUCUCCAUUCCUUUGGCCUCACGGGGCUGUGGAAUCUAA